ACUUCCAAAAUUCUUUUAAAAAUCUGGCAAUCAUUGAUUGGUGUAAACUCCGUUGCUUACAAAAUGACGACAGUAGAGAACCUUUACAAAGCUUUUGGCGUUUUAGCUGAUGCAAAAGAUAAGGCUGGCGAGCAUGAGGCAGAAUUCCGUUUAUUUUUGGCUGCAGCUAAGGGUAAUGUUGGCGAGAAGAGACUAGCAUCUCAGUUCAUUUGUAGAUUUUUCAAAUAUUUUCCUAAUGCUCAGAAGCUUUGUGAGGAUUCAGAUGCAAGUAUUAGAAAACAGACUGUGAAAGACAUUCCUGCCCUUUGCAGAACAUGCCCAGAUAAAGUUUCAAAAUUUGCAGAUGCUCUGGCAAUGUUACUUGGUAGUGAAGAUGCACAUGAAAUUUCUGGAAUUCAAGGAUCUUUGUACAGUUUAUUUUCCAUUAAUAUUAAAGGUGCUCUGGAAGGAAUUUUCACAAGACUUUUACAAAGCCCUGAAGAGGAAGAUGAGGUUUUAGGUCUCAUAAGAGAGAGAUUGCUUCGUUUUCUUGUUCUUAAAAUUAAGCAACUUGGGGAUCUUGAGAAAGAUAUUGAGGAUUUUAUAAUGGAACAAUCAAAAAAGCUUUUGGAAGAUGUUACCAAGGAUGAGUUUAUUGCUGUAAUGGAAUUACUUCGAAGUUUAAAGACAAUGGCAACAGUUCAGUCUAGGCAACAGCUUGUAGAGAUGGUAGUUGAUCAAGCUGCUCUUGAUGAACCUUUUGAGGCUGCAGAUCCUGAUUGUGUUGAUAGACUUUUACAUUGUGUCAAAUCAGCAUCACCCAUGUUUUCAAAAAAUGUUCACUCCAAGCCAUUUGUUUUGUAUUUGUGUGAUCAUGUCCUACCAGUGUUAAAGGACUUGGCAAGCCCUGACGAAGAGACAAACAUCCAACUUGAAGUUCUGAAAACAUUUGCUGAAAUAUCAGAGUUUGCUGGAGACUUGGACAACUUGGAAAAAAGAGUCAACACUGUUUUCUUGGCAAUGCUGGAGUACAUGCCACUGCCACCCUCCGAUGAGAAAGAAGAAUCUUCAACUGAGGAACCAAAGUUGAGUUUUUCUCAAGUUGAGUGCCUGUUAUUUGCUUUCCAUCAGCUGGCCAGGAAGUGUCCUGGUUUUUUGUCUGAUGAGGCAAAUGUUGACAGAUUGAAGGAUUUUAGAGUACGAUUACAGUACUUUGCUCGCGGAAGUCAAAUUUGUAUUAAACGUCUGAAAGAAGCAUUACAAGGCAAAACUGGUGAUGCUUUAAGAACUGAAGAGAAUAAGAAGAGAAUUGUUGCUCUAAAGCUGUUCACAAACAUCACAAUGCUGGUCAAGGAUCUAAUGCACAAUCCACCAGCCUACAAAGUAAAUGUUACACUCUCCUGGAGGCCAACUAGGGAAAUCAAACCCAAUGAAAGUGGAGACAUUGCAAAAACCACUUCACCUGGACAAAAGCGUAACAUUACCCCAAUUACAUAUGAUGAAGCUAAUGGCAAGAAAAACAACCCUAAACAAGCUCGGACCUUGUAUCAGCCACCCAGUGGGAAGUUCAGUGACAAAGCUGGCUCAUACACAAAUUAUAACAUCAGAGGAAACCGAGGUGGACGUGGUCGUGGAGGCUUUAGAGCCAGAGGACGUAGAGGAUUCAGGGGAGGUGCUAGCACUGGAUUUUAUCAAAACAAGUUGUAGAUCCAGAAUCAACAGAAAUGUCUUUGUCAGAUGCACUGUACAUUUUAUGUUAAUUUUACAUGCUUUAAAAGGCUAGAAUUGGUUAAUGUCCAUUUUAAAUAAUAAACCUAGACAUCCUAUGUAAAUAUACAUUUUAUAAUUUUUAACAUGAAUAUGUUUUUAUUGUAAUUAUUGAGCAUCAAAAUGUGCAUCAAAUGAUUUUUUUAAAAACAAAGGGCGAUUAUUAAUAAGCAGCUGAAAAAUAUCAAGAAACUUGACGGAGUGAAUCACUACUGAAUGUUUGAAAGAACUUUUCCUGAACCUAACAGAUAACUGUUGCGGUGUAACGAAAUAAAUAAAUGCUUCUACGUGGUGCUUGUAUCAUGUUUAGAACAAAGCUAAUGCGUGUUCACUAACUGCCUACAACUUAGUGGGAAAUCAUCCUACAGGAUUGUAUUCUUUGGUAAAAUCUCUUAACAAGACUGCUGGACUCUUGGCACCACAUUGACUUGUAUCACCUUGGCGCCAAGGUAAGAGCUGAUACAUGAUUGCUUUAUUAUUUCAGAUCAAGGGAAGCCUCAAAAUAAUUUGGUUGUUGUUUUUUUUUCAGGUUCAAGGUUUAUACUUUUUUCCCUUCGUAACAGUUUGCCAAGAUCAGAUUUCUCAAGAUGACUCAAGUAGUUUACUAUACGUUUCUGGUGACUUAAAGUUUUAUGAUCAAAUUAUUGCAUUUCAGACACCCAAGACUGGAACAAUACUGGAACUAUUGCAGCACAUUUUUUCUUACUGUAUACUUUGAUUUACAGUUAUCUUGCAGAUUUCAACUUCCCUCAUUGCUUUCUCUGUUCUUAUAAAAAAAAAUGCUGGCUGGAUAAUUCAGUAAUAUAUUUAGGGUAUUUUCCUGCUGCUAUUGUUAAAAUUAAGGACAUGGUUCCAACACUAGCCUUGAGAUAAUCCCGCCAACAUUUUUUAAAGCCUUUUUUCUGUGAACAUUUAAUAAGCUUCCACAUUGUUUUAACAAGCAUGGUAUUUAUUAUUGCCAUAGGGUUGAGAUCAGUAGUAUUAUUUUCUUUUUGUGCAUGUUGCUUCUGUCAUUCAUUUCCUACAGAUCCUACCAGUCAAGAGAUGCUUGGUUCUGAUGAUAAUUUUUAAGUUUUUUUUUUUUCAGAACUCCACUUCAUUCAUGUUAUUAGAUGACUAGUGAAACCUUUUAGUUUUUUAAAAUAUCUACUAAAAUUAUUUUUCUUUUGCAGUAACAGUCUGUGGCUCUUAGAUUUUUUGUUUAUAGAAUUAUUGCUUUGAUUAGUAUUGCUAUGUAGUCUGUUUACUUGAUUACCCCAGUGAAACCUAUUACUGCCAUAGUUUGUCAAAGUUCUGGGUACAAAUAUGUGUACAUCAGGACAUCAAAUAAAUGAGCUAGGAAUAAAAUAGGAUGGGUGUUGUACAUUGUUUAUAAAUCAUUAAACAUUGAAGUUUUAA